AUGCUGAUAGCCGGAGACGCCAUCUACAGCUAUACCGUGUACUUGUGGCUUGCAGACCUGCUCUUACCAGCUUUAAUGAAGAUAUGGCUUUCGACUCUAGACCUUAUCGACCAGCUUGGCCCCAAGACCAUCAUUCCAGGCCACUCACUGACCCUCGAUGUCUUUGGGCUUUCAGACGACCUGGAAUACUCCAGGAGGUACAUCAAGUUUUUCCAGGACGAAAUCGAAGCCAAAGGCAAAGACUUCUUCACUCCCCAGGAGAUCUCCGACAAGUUCAACGCCGAGUUUCCUGGUCUCGUCACUCCCAACUCUGCGACCUCGGCUACCCUUAUCAAUGUGACUGGCGAGGAGUUUGGUCGAGGAGGGACACGAUUGGCCCGCAGCAUUGAUUUGACAUCUUACGACGAUGUCGAGCAGCUUGCGGGAUGGGAUCUGGAUUAG